UAGACUGCCUGAGUCCAGAUUAUUCACGCAUACGUCAUUUACGCGCGUCUCUAGGAAGUCAGCAACAAGAUGGCGUCAGCGUCGGAUCCCCAGGUUGAAGAAGACACCGAUUUGGAUGAAUUAUUGGACAGUGCCCUCAAUGACUUUGACAAGACAAACGUUCCACCUUCUGUCCCAGAGGCAGCUGCUGGUCCAAAUGCAGAAAAGGGAGAUGGGAAGAAGGCCCCUCUGCUGGAAGACAGUCAGUUUUUUGAGUCCCUGUUUGAAGGGGAGAUGGCGAACCAGGCCAAAGAGGAGUGGGAGAGGGCAAUGGCUGAGCUUGCCCAGGAGGAGCCAGAGCUGCUGCAGCAUUUUCAAAAACUGUCUGAAGCAGCAGGGAAAGUCGGCACUGAUGUAGCUUCACAGCAGGAAUUCACCUCAUGUCUGAAAGACACCCUCAGUGGACUUGCAAAAAAUGCAGACUACUUGCAGAGUUCAGGUUUAGCUGGAGACGACCUAGCAAAGACACUAGAAGGAUUGGGAUUAGAGGAUAAUGGAGAAGGAGGAGGAGGAGGAGGAGGAGAGGAUGGAAAUAUUUUACCCAUAAUGCAAUCGAUCAUGCAAAAUUUGCUCUCCAAGGAAGUUCUGUACCCAUCACUCAAAGAGAUUACACAGAAGUAUCCUGAGUGGUUAAACAGCAACAAAGAGUCCCUUACUCCAGAGGACUUCAGUCGUUAUGAGCAGCAGCACAAGAUCAUGGGAGACAUUUGCUCCCAGUUUGAGAAAGAUGGAGAUCAGGAAAGCACUUUUGAGAAUAUCCUGGAACUAAUGCAGAAGCUGCAAGAUCUGGGACAACCACCAAAAGAGUUGGCAGGAGAAGCGCCUCCUGGCCUGAACUUCGAUAUGGAAUCUUUGAAUAUCCCAGGAGCACCUGGGGCUGGACCUGCUGAGCAGUGCUCAAUUAUGUGAUGCAUCACGAGGCACUAUAUCAGGUGUUUGCAAUACUGUGUCACAAACCCUGCUCCAGGAGCAUGAGGAACUAGAAGUCAGACCCACAUCUGACAUGACAUGACAUGAUCUGAUCUGUUCUGUUCUGUUAUGAAUACUUUCAGGAGAGAGCUCAGAGUAUACAAAUUUACAUGGAUGCAGGCAAGACCCCAGUGCAAUGCCUACCCUUGAUGGGAAAAAAGUCUCUCCUUCACUCUUCACUGAUCGAACAUUCACAAGAAAAGAGCCGCUCUUGGAAUCUUUCACUUAACUUCAAUCACCUCUUUGCAAUCUUAAUUGGUUAGAAGGCUCAAGUAAUGACUGAUCAGUUUUGAUCAUCUCACAGUUGCAGGAGAGUGGAAUUGGCAGAAUGGUAAAAACAAUGCACUACAUGAUUCUGUAAAGUUUCUGUGUGGUUUCAGCUGGUGUGCCAAUAACCUCAGACUCACCUGGGUCCUGAGCUCAGUCUUGUCUGUAAUGGGGUCAGGAGGAGGAUGUGAGGUCAUCAAUGUAAUAAACUUAAGAACAGCUAGAAGGCCUCACUGAGAAUGACCGACAGGUACCACUAUAAACCUCAGGGUAGCAAUACUGUUUCACUCUCCUCUGGGGUCUUUUGUUUAUGCUACGCUAUGGCAUAUGUAAGUGAUUAAUUUAUAUUGUUUUAACUAACCAGGACAAAAAGAUAGACUAUUAACUAUGUUUACAUAAUCAGCAUCUUCACAAUUUCAAAGAAAUCUUAUCUAACAUUCCCAUUUCCUAGAUAACACCACUAAACACAUUAGAUGUUGAAUACCAUUCACAUUCUGAUCUUCUUUCAGUCUGCAAUGGUGUAAUAGUGACAAUGGAAAGGAUGUCAUGGAUUUUGCACCCUGUGUGAAUAUAUUCACUACACCCAGAUAUUAUUCAUUACUCUGAAAUCCUGAUAACUUGUGAUGUAAAAGAAAACCGUGAUAAGGAAAUAAAUUACUUGGAAUGUGCAUUUGAA